AUGUUUGCAGUUUGUGAUGAGGACGGGACCUGGUGGACUUGGGCGGAGUCGGAAGAAACUGAGAACGUUGCAGUCGAAGACGAUGCGUGUCGCGAGACUGUGGAGGACAUCGAUGAGAAGGUGCUUGUCUUGAGUGGCUUGUUGCCUUGUGUUGACGGUUGGAGUGAUUCGGAUGCAGUGCAUGGCACUGCAGAGGAUGAACUUGAGCAUGAGCAUGGUUUGGUGUUGCUUGCGGUCCCCUGUGAUGAAGCAUGUUGCAGUGCUGAGCACAUUGGGGUCAAUGAGGACUUUUGGCUGUUGGACUCGGGCGCGAGCGUCAACGUGAUCACUCGGCAGGCAGUGUUUGCGGAUUUUGCAUUCUUGAACAGCAGCAUGGAAUGGACCGUGCAUGAUCCCAGUGAGGAUCCUCCUCAGUCGUUGAAGUUCCUUGUGUUGAAGGAAGCCUAUACAGGCUCCAUCGGAGCUUGCUUGUGUGGCCAUGGACUUGACGUUGUCGGGCAGUUGACAAGUUGGUUGACAGAGUUUGGAUUGAAGUCCAAGCCGGGGACGAUUGCGAUUCAGCUGGUCACUGACGCUGAGGCGGCGGUGAGUUCGUUGAUUGCAGGUGUUAGCAAGGACUUCAUCUUCUCUGUAAAGAGAGCUGGACCGCAGAGCCACGAGUCCAAUGGUGCAGCAGAACGUGCGGUCAGGGUCAUCAAGGAGUCGUUCAAGUGCUUGUUGAUGGAGUUCGAACAGCAUUUUGGGUUGGCGCUUGUGUUUGAUCCUACCACCAUUCAGCAUGCAUUGAACUAUGUGUCAAUGGCUCACAACAACUUUGCCGUUGUUCAUGGGUCCAAGAGGGUUCCGGACUCGUUGAGACAACAGAACCCCCAGUUGCCCCGGUUUAUCCCUGGUGCCUUUUUGCAUCCACAGUUUCAGUCCAUGGGAACUGUGAUCAUCGCGAAGGUGAGAAUGGGACAAGAGUUGACCAUGAGGAAGUUUGAUGAGGCUCCUGAAUCCGUUGUGGAUAAGGGUCCAAUGCCAGUGAGGACCGAGAAUGCUUCUGAUGUGGAAGUGCAGCUCGAGA